AAGUUCAUAGAAGCGGUAAAAGAAAACUAUGGGCAUAAGAAACGUCUACAUAUUUUUGCCUUGACAAUAUCCAGCAGAUCCAGUUAGACCGGUAUUUUCUCAGUAUGCAAGAAGUCACCUUUUACCAGACACUCCGUUGACUCAAAGGACCACGAUCAAGCUUCUGUCAUUCUCUAAAUUAUCUUAAUAAAUGGCCUCAGACUGUCCGUUCUCUGCAGAGGAUCUACUGUGUCCUGUGUGCUGCGAGGUCUUCACCUUUCCCGUUAAACUGACAUGUCAACACAACUUCUGCAAGGUCUGCAUUCAGUCAUACUGGGAACAGAAGGAAUCACGGGAGUGUCCUCUGUGUCGACACACUGAGAGCUCAACAAGACCCCGGAUCGACCUGGCCCUAAAGAUAGCCUCAGACAACUUCAAAAAGCAGGCCAGUGAGAUUGUGUUGAAACCAGAAGAACUCUGCUCCAUUCACAACGCGGAGCUGAAGCUUUUCUGUCAGAAAGACGCAAAGUUAAUCUGCCUAGUUUGUCACUCGUCCAGGGAUCACAAGGACCACGACUGUUGUCCCAUAGCAGAGGCAGCCGCUGACAGAAAGAAAGAGAUUUCCAGUAAGUAUGAUUCAUUGAGAAAACACCUACAUGCUGUUGAAAAGCUGAAGGGAAGUUUGGAGGAACUGGAAGCGCACAUAAAGACUCAAGCAGCUCAGACUGAAGCCCAAAUAAGAGAUGCAUUUGAGAAACUCCACAAGUUUCUGAAGGAGGAGGAGGCUGCCCGGGUGUUAGUACUACAGGAAGAAACAGCCAGGAAGACUCAGCUGGCCGGGGAGAGGCUACAGGACAUCACUCAGACAUCUGAAGAACUCGCAGAGAUCUUAGCUGAGAUUGAACGGUCCUUGAAAACAGAUGACAUAUCAUUUUUAAAGGACUGUAAGGAAGCAAUAAGAAGGGCAUCUUACACACCACACAUAACAGAGUAUCCCAGAGAUGCUCUAAUAGACACUGAUCAGUACUUGGGAUCAUUAUCGUACACGGUUUGGAGGAGGAUGGGGGAAGAAGUGAAACACUGUCCUGUUGUUCUUAAUCCCAACACAGCCCAUCCCAACCUGAUCAUCAGCAAUGAACUCUCAAGUGUUUGUCAUGGAAAGAAGCAGAACCUCCCAGAUAACCCUGAACGCUGCACUAGCCGACUCGCAGUGCUGGCUUCUACUGGAUUCAUAUCAGGAAAACACUCCUGGGAAGUAGAGGUUGGGGAAAACCGGGAGUGGUACAUAGGAGUGGCACGAGAAUCCUUCAAAAGAAAAACCAAUGUCUUCCUCAACCCAUCAGAGGGUUUCUGGGUCAUUGGACUAAACAACGGGGAGACGUAUUGGGCUCAGAUGGCGCCUCGAACACGUCUUUCACUGAAAAGGAAGCCAAUGAGGGUCACUGUGGAACUGGACUAUGAGAAGGGGAAGGUUGUGUUUCUGAACUCUGCAGAUGGAAGCACCAUCCACACAUUUAAAGACAAGUUCACAGAGAAGCUGUUUCCUUAUUUUUCGCCGGGAAUUCAUAAGGAUGGUCAACACCCACUAAAGAUCUGUCCUCUAAAAGUAUCCAUAAUGCUCCAUCAGCACGUUGUACAUAGCUAAAUCUAACAGCAUACAAAUCAUGCAACCAUUUAAGAUUCAUAAAAAAUGUCCUGAUUUAUUAUGGAAAUGAAAAAUUCACUGCAUUUCCUUUAUUGACAUUUUAGUUUUGUUUAGUUUUACCCUCGACAACAGUAAUGCUCAAAUGUAACUUAGGAGCCAAUGAUCCUAGUUGAAUGCAUUUACUAGAAUGGGUUUCCAUAGAAUUUGGACAUAUAGUGUAUUUAUGAAAAUCUGUCUUUAAUAAAUUAAUAAAUUAUAUUUGAUAAAUCUGAUACAAAAUAAAAGUUCCAAUUUAAACCACCAAGUCUUCCUUGGUUAAAAAUCAAACUGAUUUUAAAUUAAGAUGAAGUAUUAUUAUAGUAGAUACAUCUAUCUAUCCAUCUAUCCCGCCCCCUAGCUCACAUAUACACAUACUUUUCUGCCCUUUGUAUUAUCUAAUUUUCUCUAUUGCUCACUUUAAAUUGGCUGCCACAUAAAAAAAAAACAUAUCCAGCACAAUGUCUGGAAUAUUCUUGCAAAAUACCAAACCCCAUCCAAUAUUUUUGGAAAUAAAUAAACAAUAUAUAUUAAAUAUAAAUAUUUCUUGGUGACUAAGACAUUGUUUGAAAGUGUCAAAUAUAAAGUAAAAAAGCUGCAGUAGACUUUGAUCAGCAUGGUGUAAGUUCUCGUUUGAGGUGGUUGAUGGUUUUGUGGGUCCAUAUGCAUGAUCCAUGUGACCAAAUUUGACCAUGCCAGUUGAUCAGCUUGCCAGUUGACCCCCCCUUAUAUUUAUCAUCCCAGGCCUUUUAUAAAAGGUACUUCAGUAGGUCAUUUUUCUCCACAACUUAAGUGGCCACUAACUAGCUCUCAUCUAGGCUUGGCUAAUUAUAACAAAGGCUUAGUCAGCACCAAAUAUAACUCACCCUCAGCAACUUUUAAAGAGACUUUGAGUGAUAAUGACAAGAAUUAUUACUUUAAGCCAUCCUAGGAUCAUUUUUAUUGCUUUCAUGUUGAAGGUGUAUUAAUGCCAUAGAUAAAGAGUGAACUAGAAUAUCUCAAAAUAUCAAUCAUUUCAGCACAUUAAUCACUGACAUAGCU